CAACAUUUAUCUGAGUCAUUUUAAUGUUUUAAGCAUUCAGAGUGGGAGACCUGCAGUGGCAGCCAAACCACUCUGUGGACAAGCAGAGGUUGGAAGAUGUCCAUCCACAUCACUGGAGUCAUGUCAGUGAAGUUCAGAAGGGCAGAUCUGAGAGGGCAGAGGUCAGCAGAGGAAGGAGUGCCACUGCUCUUCAAGGGCUGAUUUUCUCUCCAAACACAAGGUGAUAAAGGAUUUAUCAACUGUUUCUCCCAGGGAUUUUUUUUCAGGAAAGCUGAAACUGCUUAAGAGGAAAGGAGGAGCCCCAGGUGCACCAUGGCCCCUUUCUAUAAGCACAUCCAGACUUUAGAGAUACUGACUUAGUGAAAAAGUGACUAGAAACUUCUCCGCUAAUAAGGUGAGGUAUGUCUAAUUAAUCAUAAUAGUAAUUGCUGUCAUAGUCAUCUCCUAUCAAAGGUAAUUAGCACAGCAAUCAAUCUGAAAACCCCUCCAUCUCCUGCCUUUCAGAUGCAAUGUUUUUUAAGAGCAAAUGAUGAACUCUUGCUCCCAUGUAAUUAUUUUCAAAUCAUUAUUCUGUGAUAAGACAAGGCAGUAAAAAACAGCUGAAGGAAACAUUUGUCUUUAAGACUAUUUCUACAGCAGUUUUCUUGGUUGCCUGUUAAAAAUGCAUCAAACCAGACUAACUGCAGAGUCCAUCAAAGUAUAGGUAACUAAUGAAUGACAUUAAUUCUAACUGGCAGGAUGGGCAGGUUUUUAAUGACUCAAACUUUUAAUUGAGAAAGGAGGCUGAGGCUCAGAAGGCUUAGAAAAUUUCAGACAGUGCUUAAUGGGUAAAGAGAAAAGGCUUGUUCAUUGUGGCUCUCGUUUCUUCUCAGCAUAGCAGUGAGGUUAAUUUGGCUACAGAAGUUCAAUCAAGUAGAGCAGUGAAUUGCUGCAUGUGGUCCUUCCUUUUCCUCAGAGCGCGGUGGACACGGUGUCCCAGGUUCAAGCCAGGGCAACUCAACUCUUGCAAUAUUUUUGUGUCGCCACAGGGUGGUGGUGAAGAUCUUACAGAAAACUUUGUCUGAUAUGUGCAGAACACACGUGUCACAUCUUUGCAGUGUGGUGACACCCUCAGACGUUGUUUGCAGUCACUCGAACCAACGAGGGUGAAUUAAGGCCACUUCCUCUAACACAUUAACUCAUGUUACUUUUGGUAUUAUCCUUUGCUGCUGAUGAUCAGCAUUUAGGAGUUGAUGAUAAGCUCAGUUGACUUCCAAUAGUCCUUAGCAGCAGUUUCAGUUGUUUCAAGAAGACAGGGUUAAGAAUUAAAUUAUGUUUUGCUCAAAUUAUUUCCCAGUAAUAUAUAAUUUAGUAGCCCAAUAGCUUUGACUGUUGCUUGAACAGCAAGAUAGGGAGCCUGGUAAUUUCACAUUAAAAACCUUGUAAUUCUAUGUAUUUAUUUUAAUUCAACCUUGUUACCUCCUUUCCAUAAUCUCCUAGUAAUUGUAAUGCUACAUUCUCAGCAUUUUUAGUUUCAAUUUCCAUAGUGUUUGUCCCUAAAUCCAUGGUAAAUUACCUGAUUCAGAAAUGAACUUCAUUACAUAUUUUAGCAGCACAAUAAUAUUAUGACAUGCUUUCCAUCGCACAAACCAACCAAGCUGUCGGAGGCUAACAUUUGUGUGAUGUAUUUGUACAAAGGAACAGGGGAAUCAAAGCCUUAUUGAUCCAUUUUAACAUUUCUCUUUCAUCUAACAGUGACAAAAGGCAAAGUACAGAGCACUUCAGCUUAAUACUGGAAUAAAUAGAAAGAUUCUACUUUAAACCUCUGUUUUAAUUAUUGAACAGCUCUCAAAAUUAAAUCACUGACCUUUGAGAAUUUAGUGACCAAACAAGUGCUUGUCCUGAAGCCACAUAUCAGAGCGUGCAUUCCUUUGCAUGGAGCUUUCACACUCUGUUUAAAGAUGCCCAAGAACACUGCAAGAACUAAGUGAACAAGCCAAAGCCAUAUAACCUACCUAAAGAAUGAAAAGCUGGAUUGUACUGCUGGCAAUUGUAGUCAGCACAGCAGAAACACAAAACCAGGACAUCUGCACCCAAGGGUAUCCUGGCAUCCCUGGCAAUCCUGGGCACAAUGGCAUACCUGGUCGUGAUGGACGUGACGGGUCAAAAGGAGACAAGGGAGAUACAGGUGAACCAGGAGUUCCUGGCAGUCGGGGAAAAGAUGGAGUUGAUGGAGAGAAAGGUGAACGAGGGACCAAUGGGACUGUUGAAGAGAAGGGGAACAAAGGAGAUAAAGGAGAAAGAGGACCACCUGGGAAACUGGGACCAAAAGGAUUUACAGGAUCAGUGGGUUACAAAGGUCAGAAGGGAGAGCUGGGACUGCAAGGACCAAAGGGGCUAAAAGGAGACAUUGGACCCAUAGGUCCAAAAGGGACAAAGGGUGAGAUUGGCCAUCCUGGAAGAGUCGGUUUCCCAGGGCCGAUUGGCCCGAUUGGCAAUCCAGGUCCUAAAGGUAAUACUGGAAGUAUAGGGCCACAGGGUAAUCCAGGAGUUCAGGGGGAAAGAGGCUUGAAAGGAGACAGAGGAGACAAGGGCAAUGUAGGUGCGCCAGGAGUCCUGCCAAGGAGUGCUUUCAGCGUUGGCCUUACAGCCAACACCAAGUUUCCCCCUCCGAAUCGCCCGAUCAAGUUCGACAAGGUGCUGUAUAACAGCCUGAAUGACUUCAACUCAGCCACUGGCAGGUUCACCUGCAGACACCCCGGUGUUUACUACUUCACCUACCACAUCACUGUCUACUCAAGGAACGUGCGAGUCGCUCUCGUUAAGAACGGCAUCAAGAUGCUGCACACGGUGGACAGGUACCAGAGCGGAGAGGACCAGGCCUCGGGAGCCGCCAUCCUGGAGCUGCAGGGAGGAGACGAGGUGUGGCUGCAGGCCCACCAAGGAGAGGCUUUCAACGGGCUGUAUGCAGAUGGUGAUGAUGACACCACCUUCUCUGGGUUCCUGCUGUUCGGCACCGCUGAUCCGCUGGAGCCACCGCUGCUGCCCGCCCUGUAACUCCAUGUUAUCCCUGAAUGCUGCAUGCCUGUGCCCUUCCGCCCCCCCGAGGAAAGCUGCUACCUGCUGGACAAUUUCUACUGGAUUCAGCAGGAAAUGGUUGGUGUCAGGAACAGCUUCUGCACAGAGGACAAGUCUUCAGAAUCUACAGCAUUGGGCUUAAUGCAUUAGUGGCUUGGUGACUUACUGUAGGCAUUCACAGGGGCGUGUACCCCAGUUCUGAAGAACAAAUUUUAAAGCAAAAUGACAUGAAAUAAAAGACAAAAGUUUCAGAAUUGUGUAGUGUGGGACAUUUUGUAUAAACGAGAAGCAACAGUUACUUCCAAGCCAGUUUGUAUCUUCCAGUCCAAAAAUACAGCCUGAAACUGCUGUACUUCAGAAUUAGCUGGUGCAAAACAAAUUCUCCCAGAUUAAAGAUAAUAUUUAAUCAACACUGAACCAGCCAUGUCAGAGAACUAACUGAUCAAGAGAUAUUUCCUGUGCUAUUAAACAUUAAAUCUGACAUUUUCCCCCCAAAUUUUCUUUUUCUUCCCCUCCCUCCCCUUUUCUUCUAAAACUC